AACCGAGCUGCAGUGCUCAGGGGAUCCCCGUAGAUUUCCAGCAGGCUCAGACACAGGGUCCCCCACACGAAGAAAACAGGUCAAAAAAAGCCAGGACACGUGUGCUGUGGAGGGUCGAGGUCUCGCCUGGGUCUUGGGUGUGGGUAGACGCAGCCGCUCGCAGUUUUCCUUUCCAGCAUCUCUGGGGAGCCUGGAGAUGUGCUUGGUGCCGAGGUGACACGGAGAGUGAUUGCGCCGCCCUACAGAGGCAGUGGCGGGACGCUGCGCUGGGGCUGGGAAGGGCCGGGCCAGGGCUACCCCUCCGCAGGCCCCGGGAGAGCAGGUGUGCGCUUCGCCUCCCGCCGGGCAGCAGUUCAGGAGAAAAAUGUGCGGCUUUUAUCUAAACAAAAUAUUUCUUUUGUAAAGGGCUUUCUCCACAAAGACUCUGUAGCCACGUCAGGCUUUGACCUCCCAGUCCCCCAGAUUCAGCCUUGGGACUCAGCGGCUGCUGUUAUUUUUAGUGGAAGUAUAAAAAGAAUCUCAAAAAGUUUUAGCUCUGGAGAAAGCGUGAAUGCAGCUGGCGCAUUCACACAGGCCACUUGAGCCGCCCGUAAGGAACUCCAGGAGAUCAGAAAGCAAUACAAAAGCCAGAGCGUUGCAUGUGAGGACGGGUUGGCGGGUGGCCUUUGGGUCCCUGCCUUAUGGGUGAUUUUCGUAAAUGGCGCAUUAGAGAUGAGUAUCGCCUAGAUCACAUUUUUAGGUUGAAUUCCCCCAUGGAGGGAACUUUAGCAAUACACUUCCAAAUAAGAAUGUACAUUUCAACAAUUGUAGUAAAGUGUUUGCCAGCCUCAUCUCAGAAAAAGGCAUUUAUUAUCUUCCUAAUGUGUGUCUGGCACGGGGCAGACACUGUAGAAUACUAUCUUGAUUACAGCCUCAAGGAUUUUGUAGCUAAAGUCCUUUACAAAUAAAAGUAUUCAAGUAUAAUCUAUUAUAAAGACUCUUUCCCCCACUUUGGGGAUAUACGGUGUGAUCGAUUCGUUGAUCAUACCAAAACUGUUACUUCUGUUUUGGAGGAAUUAACACAGAAAUCCCAGGCUUAGUAAAUCAACACUGAAGUUCAGAAGUUCAGAGUAGUUUGUCUUGGGAACAAAGUCCUCCCUAGAACGAAGAGGCAUUUAGAGGAAUUCCUGGUGUUAAUGGGAUUAUUCAAGAUAUACCUGAGACCAGAUAAAUAUUUGAUGAUUUUGCAAAGCACUAGGGUUUCUUUGCAGUUCUUCUUGGGCUGACGUUUUCCCCCAUGGGGUCUGGACUUUGUGACUUCAUCAGAUUUUGCAAAUGAAGGAAGGCUGGGGUUUCCCAAGAGUGCGCUUGUGCAGGAAACAACAGACUAGUGAGGUUUACAAGAGGUGUGCGUGUGUGUGUGUGCGCGCGCGCGCGCACGCCUGCCUGUGGGAUGGGGGUGGCACGGAGAGAGAUGUGGGUUGCAAAGCUGCCAUCUAGAGGCCAGAGGCGCCUUCCUGCAGUGUAUAUAACGCAAGUCUGCAGCCCGCAGAACUCACAGUCUUUGCAAACUGCUCAGCGCUAAGGGAGCCAGCGCACAGCGCAGGCAGGAAGGCAAGCGAGCCCAGCCAGCCCAGCCAGCCCCGAGGUCGUUCGAUUGCUCCCUCAGCACGAUGGAUCUGCAUGUCUUCGACUACUCGGAGCCGGGGAACUUCUCGGACAUCAGCUGGCCGUGCAACAGCAGCGACUGCAUCGUGGUGGACACGGUGAUGUGCCCCAACAUGCCCAACAAAAGCGUCCUUCUCUACACACUCUCCUUCAUCUACAUCUUCAUCUUCGUCAUCGGCAUGAUUGCCAACUCCGUGGUGGUCUGGGUGAACAUCCAGGCCAAGACCACAGGCUACGACACACAUUGCUACAUCUUGAACCUGGCCAUCGCCGACCUGUGGGUUGUCCUCACCAUCCCGGUCUGGGUGGUCAGCCUCGUGCAGCACAACCAGUGGCCCAUGGGCGAGCUCACGUGCAAGGUCACGCACCUCAUCUUCUCCAUCAACCUCUUUGGCAGCAUCUUCUUCCUCACGUGCAUGAGCGUGGACCGCUACCUCUCCAUCACCUACUUCACCAACACCUCCAGCAGUAGGAAGAAGAUGGUGCGCCGGGUCGUGUGUGUCCUGGUGUGGCUGCUGGCCUUCUGCGUGUCCCUGCCCGACACCUACUACCUGAAGACCAUCACGUCUGCGUCCAACAAUGAGACCUAUUGCCGGUCCUUCUACCCCGAGCACAGCAUCAAGGAGUGGCUGAUCGGCAUGGAGCUGGUCUCCGUCGUCUUGGGCUUCGCAGUUCCCUUCUCCAUCAUCGCUGUCUUCUACUUCCUGCUGGCCAGAGCCAUCUCGGCGUCCGGCGACCAGGAGAAGCACAGUAGCCGGAAGAUCAUCUUCUCCUACGUGGUGGUCUUCCUCGUCUGCUGGCUGCCCUACCACGUCGCGGUGCUGCUGGACAUCUUCUCCAUCCUGCACUACAUCCCCUUCACCUGCCGGCUGGAGUACGCCCUCUUCACGGCCCUGCACGUCACGCAGUGCCUGUCCCUGGUGCACUGCUGCGUCAACCCUGUCCUCUACAGCUUCAUCAAUCGUAACUACAGGUACGAGCUGAUGAAGGCCUUCAUCUUCAAGUACUCAGCCAAAACGGGGCUCACCAAGCUCAUCGAUGCCUCCAGAGUCUCCGAAACAGAGUACUCUGCCUUGGAGCAGAGCACCAAGUGAGCCGCCCUGCAGAGGUGCUGGGACUGGUGUGCUUGCUUUUGAACAGGCCCUGUGGUUUUCUAGAGCAAAGCAAAGUAGCUUCGGGUCUUGAUGCGUGAGUGGCGUGCAGAGGCAGGCACGCAUCCCCGUGCAUCCGUUCUCUCUUUCUUUUGUCAUCGGGGCUGUUGUUUGGCUGUGCGUGCCGACGGUUUGCAACAGGCAGAGCUGCGUCGUGGGCAGUGCUGUGCAUGGGAGCCAGCUGAGAACAGGCUUGCCUGGACUUCUGUAAGAUAGGACUUUCUGUGUUUCCUGCAUCGUUUUUAUAUGCUGAUGUGUAUUUAAAUGGUAAAACUUUAUUUUCUCACUCUUGGUGUACCUUAUAAAUGUAUUUGAAAGUUAAAUAUAUUUUAAAUAUUGUUUGGGAGGCGUAGCGCUGACGUAUAUUUGGAUUGUUGUAGUUUAAGGUUAGUUUGACUUCAGUUUGGACUAAGGAUGACACUAAUUGUUAGCUGUUUUGAAAUUUUAUAUAUAUAAGUAUAUAUAAAUAUAUAAAUAUAUGCCAGUCUUGGCUGAAAUGUUUUAUUUACCAUAGUUUUAUAUGUGUGUGGUGUUUUGUACCGGCACGGGAUGUGGAAAGAAAACUGCUCUGUUGUGCAGUUUGUGACAUUAAUAGUAUUGUAAAGUUACAGUUUAGAAAAAACACAGAAAACUGUCCUGGGCUGCAAAUCGGUGCACACAAUGAACAAUCGCAUUUCAAAAAUUUCAAUUUGUAAGUUAUUUUUUUAAAUAAAGAUUUUUUGUUUCCUAAAAAUGCA